ACGCCCUUAAGUUCGACAAUAGAAUUAUUGCAAGUGUGACAAAACAUCUUUUUUCAACAAAUGUUAAAACAAACAAUUUUGUAAUAAAUGGCUGUACUCACCAGUUUGAAUAUCUUACAAGCCAUGCAGAACUUUGUAGUAAAGCGCAGUUUCCACAUAAGUUCAGCAGUGAAUAAAAGUAAAGCAGGUCGUUAUAAAAUAACAUUGAAGAAAAAUAAGCCUUUGACAUAUGAAAUGGCAAAUCCGCCACACCACGUUGCUCAUAGAAAGUCCUGGAACUCUUGGAAUACCUCUAACAUUGUUGAUGGAAACAGACCAAUGGAAAGUACAAUUGAGGAUAUGUUCAUCAGAAGAUUUAUGACAGGAACAUGGCAUAAUCUUUUUUUAAGUGAAAUCAUCAUUAAACGAAAUCAUAACAUGGUAAGAAUAGCAGGACUGAUUAGACGACAAUUUGAUCAAAAGAAAAUGUACUUUUUGACGGGUUACACUGAAGAACUUUUAAGUUAUUAUUUACACUGUCCUGUUAAAUUAGAAUUACAGUCGGUUGAAAAAAAGGAAAAUGUUAUUUAUAAAUAUAUAUAAUUGAUUUUAUUUUUAGUAUAACAAUUUGUAUAGUUUGUACAGUUCAUCGCAGUGAGCAUUUUCACUUUUGAAAUCAAACAAAUAAUAAAUUACAGU